UUCUCAAUGGUUUGUUUUAUCGAUGGCCACGGAGUAGCCUCACAGAAAAGUAGUACAGUAAAAUCAUACAGACGGGUGAGGAGUUUGUUUUUGGGAGAAGGUGUAUUUUGAGAUCUAUCAAAGGAGCGGACCAUGUCGAUACCGAAGGAGCCGGAGCAGGUCAUGAAGCAAAGAGGGGGAUCCGUACUAGGCAAGAAGACCAUUCUUAAGAGCGACCAUUUUCCUGGCUGCCAGAACAAGCGCUUGUCUCCACAAAUCGAUGGUGCUCCCAAUUACCGUCAGGCUGAGUCAUUGCAUGUACAUGGUGUUGCAAUUCCAACCGUUGACGGCAUACAAAAUGUUCUUGAUCACAUUGGUGCUCAAAUAGAUGGGAAGCAAACUCAUGUGCUUUGGAUAAAUCUCCGUGAGGAACCGGUGGUGUAUAUUAAUGGACGCCCUUUUGUUUUGCGUGAUGAGGAGAGACCCUUCUCUAAUCUUGAAUAUACGGGUAUCAAUAGGGCAAGGGUCGAACAAAUGGAAGCUCGAUUAAAAGAAGAUAUCCUGGUAGAAGCUGCAAGAUAUGGAAAUAAGGUUCUUGUAACUGAUGAACUGCCUGAUGGUCAGAUGGUAGACCAGUGGGAACCAGUGACACGUGAUUCCGUGAAAACACCGCUAGAGGUCUAUGAUGAACAGCAAGCAAAAGAGUAUCUCGUUGACUAUGAACGGGUUCCUAUAACAGAUGAAAAAUCACCAAAGGAGCAGGAUUUUGAUACUUUGGUUAAUAGAAUUUCUCAAGCUGAUAUAAAUACAGAGAUAAUUUUUAAUUGCCAAAUGGGGCGUGGACGAACUACAACUGGGAUGGUGAUUGCUACAUUGGUUUUUCUUAAUCGAAUUGGAGCUUCUGGUAUUCCAAGGACCAAUUCAAUCGGGAAGGUUUCUGACUCUGGUUUCAGUGUCACUGACAAUUUUCUGAACUCAGAGGAUGCAAUUCGUAGAGGAGAAUAUGCAGUCAUUAGAAGCUUGAUUCGUGUUUUAGAGGGUGGUGUUGAAGGCAAAAGACAAGUGGAUAAAGUCAUUGAUAAAUGUGCCUCUAUGCAGAACUUACGUGAAGCUAUUGCUACUUAUCGCAAUAGUAUUUUGCGGCAACCGGAUGAGAUGAAGAGGGAAGCAUCUCUUUCCUUUUUUGUGGAGUACUUGGAAAGAUAUUAUUUCCUUAUAUGCUUCGCAGUGUAUCUCCAUACAGAGAGAGCAGCACUCCAUCCGAGAUCCCCUGGUCAAAGCAGUUUUGCUGACUGGAUGAGAGCGAGGCCAGAACUGUAUAGCAUAAUUCGCAGGUUGUUAAGGAGAGACCCAAUGGGUGCACUUGGUUAUGCAAGCUCGAAGCCAUAUCUGACGAAGAUUGCUGAAUCUGCUGAUGAUCGCCCUUCUGAGAUGGGCAUAGUUGCUGCCUCGAGAAACGGGGAGGUCCUCGGAAGUCAAACUGUUCUUAAAAGUGACCAAUGUCCCGGCUGUCAAAAUUCUGGUCUACCAGAGAGAGUGGAGGGUGCCCCUAAUUUUAGAGAAAUUCCUGGAUUUCCAGUUUAUGGUGUUGCAAAUCCAACAAUUGAUGGAAUUCGAUCUGUCAUUCAUAGAGUAGGUAGUUCUAAAGGUGGGCGACCAGUUUUUUGGCACAAUAUGAGAGAAGAACCUGUGAUCUACAUAAAUGGAAAACCAUUUGUGCUUCGUGAGGUCGAAAGACCAUACAAGAACAUGCUAGAAUACACGGGUAUCGAUCGCGAAAGGGUAGAGAGAAUGGAAGCUCGAUUAAAAGAAGAUAUUCUGCGGGAAGCUGAACGAUAUGGUGGUGCUAUUAUGGUUAUUCAUGAAACUGAUGAUGGGCAAAUAUUUGAUGCUUGGGAACAUGUGAGCUCUGAUUUAAUUCAGACCCCACUGGAGGUUUUCAGAUGCUUAGACUCUGAUGGUUUUCCCAUCAAGUAUGCUCGAGUACCUAUCACCGAUGGUAAAGCUCCCAAAAGUUCUGAUUUUGAUACGUUAGCUAUGAAUAUUGCAUCAGCUUCCAAAGACACUGCAUUAGUUUUCAAUUGCCAGAUGGGUAGAGGAAGGACAACCACUGGUACUGUCAUUGCUUGUCUUCUGAAACUUCGAAUUGAUUAUGGGAGACCUAUUAGAAUCUUAGUUGAUGAUACGUCCCAUGAAGAGGUGGAUGGUGGUACAUCAAGUGGUGAAGAAUCUGGUGGUCAUGGUGCCUCAUCUGCCUCAGUUAUUGCUAAAGAUAGACUAGGAAAAGAAACAGGCCGUGAAUUUGGUAUUAAUGACAUCCUGUUGUUGUGGAAGAUAACACGAUUGUUUGACAAUGGGAUGGAAUGCCGGGAGGCCUUAGAUGCUAUUAUUGAUAGAUGUUCAGCCCUGCAGAACAUACGCCAAGCUGUUCUGCAAUACAGGAAGGUAUUCAAUCAGCAACAUGUUGAACCAAGGGUCCGGAGAGUGGCAUUGAAUCGAGGUGCUGAGUACUUGGAACGCUAUUUCCGUUUAAUUGCAUUUGCAGCAUAUCUUGGAAGUGAAGCAUUUGAUGGGUUCUGUAUACAAGGUGAAUUCAGGAUGACAUUUAAGAGUUGGUUGCAUCAGAGACCUGAGGUCCAAGCAAUGAAAUGGAGCAUAAGACUAAGGCCUGGGCGGUUCUUUACAAUCCCUGAGGAAUUGAGAGCACCACAUGAGACUCAACAUGGAGAUGCUGUAAUGGAGGCCAUUGUGAAGGCUCGUAAUGGUUCUGUUCUGGGGAAAGGCUCUAUAGUUAAGAUGUAUUUCUUUCCUGGUCAAAGAACUUCCAGCAACAUACAAAUUCAUGGUGCACCACAUGUUUACAAGGUGGAUGGAUACCCUGUGUAUAGCAUGGCAACUCCAACAAUUACUGGUGCAAAAGAGAUGUUAGUCUAUUUAGGUGCCAAGCCCACUGCAGAAGGAAGUUUUGAGCAGAAAGUAGUUUUGACCGAUCUGAGAGAAGAAGCUGUUGUUUACAUUAAUGGCACGCCUUUUGUGCUUAGAGAACUUAAUAAACCCGUUGAUACACUCAAGCAUGUUGGAAUCACUGGUCCAGUGGUGGAACACAUGGAAGCACGACUAAAAGAAGAUAUAAUAUCUGAGGUCAGACAAUCUGGUGGUCGAAUGCUUUUACAUCGCGAAGAAUACAGCCCUGCAUCAAAUCAGUCGAGUGUUAUAGGAUAUUGGGAGAACAUAUUUGUAGAUGAUGUGAAGACACCUGCUGAAGUAUAUGCUGCUCUGAAAGAUGAUGGAUACAAUAUAGACUAUAGGAGGAUACCACUAACUAGAGAAAGAGAAGCCUUAGGUUCUGAUGUUGAUGCGAUUCAAUACUGUAAAGAUGACUCUGCAGGGUCUUAUCUUUUUGUGUCACACACAGGCUUUGGAGGCGUUGCCUAUGCAAUGGCUAUUAUUUGUAUAAGACUUUAUGCAGAGGCUAAGAUAGAAUCAGAUGUACCACGAUCGCUGGUUUGUACUACUCAUUCAUUUUCUUCACCUGUAGAGAACUUACCGUACCGGGCUUCUGAUGAAACACUCAAAAUGGGUGAUUAUCGGGAAAUACUAAGCCUUACUAGAGUGCUUGUAAAUGGUCCCAAGAGCAAAGCAGAUGUUGACAAUGUCAUAGAAAGGUGCGCAGGUGCGGGGCAUUUGCGAGAUGAUAUACUUUAUUAUAGUAAAGAACUUGAGAAGCUUCCAAACGGUGAUGAUGAGCAUCGAGCGUCCCUCAUGGAUAUGGGUAUUAAGGCUUUAAGGCGGUACUUUUUCCUUAUCACGUUUAGAUCCUAUCUGUACUGUACUUCCGCAACCCAGAUGCAGUUUACCUCCUGGAUGGAUGCAAGACCUGAACUUGGCUAUCUUUGUAAUAACCUUAGGAUUGAUAAAUGAUCUCAGGCAUAAUUCAGUGCUUUUUCAAACAAA